UCACGUUCUAACAUACAAUACAGAGGAGACAGGAGACAUUCCAGUAUUCAUAUGUGAGAGAAAACCGGCAAAUACAAUGGAGACUCCUUACAAUGUGUGUGUGCUAUCAGUUUUGUGCCUCUUCCUAGUGGCAGUAUGUGAUGCCGAGAGUCGUUACAGAGAAACAUGUCGAAAGCGAUUGAUGCUGAAGAUCAUCCGUCCCGAAGGUUGUUUCCCCCGAAGUCUCCCUAUGUUCGGAUGUCACGGAACGUGUAUUUCGUACACAGAGGUUUCUCGCACAAACACGUCGGAACUCACAAGACACUGCACGUGCUGUCAGAGCAUUGGCCAGAACCGUAUCAGAACAGCAACGUUCACAUGUCGAAGAAAGAAUGCCAAUACAUAUCAUCAAAUUCUCCUACAGAUCGCAGUACCAACAGAGUGUGAGUGUCGGCCUUGUCGAGAUGGCCUUGUAGCAAGCGUUGGUAUGACUGCCUCUAAAAGAUCCGAGGACAAUGAGGGAACCCAAUUUGAAGGUGAGAUAGAAGAACGUGAUGUAGAUCAGCAAGACUUGACAGACAUUUAUAUGAAUGAAGAAAAUUAUGAGUCUCAAUUAAUUGAUGGCUUGAAGAAUAACAUUGAUAUUAAGAAUUAAUAGGCGGAUGACAGUACCAGAGAUAAGUAAAUGGAUCACUCGUAGUUCAUAUCAAACAUGAUAAAUGAACGACAAUAAGUAGAACGAUGAGAACUUGCAUGCAAACCGCAGAGUUGCUGGACACAUUUGGCUUGCCAUGUGGGCUCUCCACCGUUCGCCUCCGUUUGGGUAACUUUGGGCAUUACUUUUUUAAUGCAUUUCCUUUCAAUUCAUAACUUAAUUUUGGUAUUUGAUGUAAUAGGGUAUAUCUUGCUGUAAAGGCAACCGUGUACCAUGUCGUGCCUCGACGUCUGCCCAAAAGUAUUCACACGCUGACGAACGGUAAGCCCGCACGGCCUAAGUGUGGCACAUCGAUGUGUAAAGAAAACUUCAAGAACUGAAGGAUAAUCCAAAGCCUGAUGUUUACCAACUAUAAUUCAUAACAGAUUCAGAGUUAACUUGCCAACGAAGCUCAGUUAUGGGAAAAUUUGUAAAUUCAACCAUCCGACUGUAUUUUUGUGCACCUGAGGCACACAAAUAUUGAUUGACAUUUAUUCAGAUAUUUAUCUUUAUUUUCCGAAUCUAUAACAUAAUAGGGACAAUUGUCUUGCAUAUGUAAAGAAUUAUUAGCAUGUGUAUAUAAAGAACAAAAAAUAUAUAUUUUGUUAAACCGGA